AGUUCAUGUUGUUUAUAGAGACUUACUAUUAAAAAAUAACACAGAUAAAGAUAUUUUCAUACAAAAGGUCACUGAAUGACUGCAACCGUAAUUUUAAACCGGAUUGUUGACUGAUACUCGACUGGGUUAUUUCUGUGUUCGUGUAAGGUCAGCUCAUCACUCCAGGAUGACUUCAGCUUCCACGAAGGUGGGCGAGAUCUUCUCGGCUGCAGGCGCUGCUUUCUCUAAACUGGGAGAACUGACCAUGCAGCUGCAUCCCGUGGCGGACUCCUCUCCUGCGGGUGCCAAAUGGACCGACACGGAGAUCGAGAUGCUGCGCUCUGCAGUUCGUCGCUUCGGUGAAGAUUUGAACAGCAUCAGCUCCGUCAUAAAGGAGCGAACGGUUGCCCAGAUUAAGACCACAGUGAAAAGGAAGCUGUAUGAGGACAGCAGGGUUCCUCUCACCGCAGAGUCACCUAAAAAAAUGAUGAAGAAAACCACAGUGGCGCUACCGCCCCCUCCUGCAUCAGUCGCCCCCACCGUUAUCACUGUGCCAACCUCUCAGGUUGUCGUGACAACUGGAUUGCAGAGUUCAUCAUCUUUACAACCAGCAAUAAAGAACCCUAAACCAGCAGAUGUGACUCUGAGUGCUCUGAAUGACUCUGAUGUGAACAGUGAUUUGGUGGAUAUUGAGGGGCUUGGAGAGGGUUCCACUAAAAAACCCAACUUUGACCAAGAGAGCUUGAAUCUGGACUCCAGUCUUAUAAUGAACUCCAGUGAUCUGCCUCUGCUGUCCCGCUGAUCUUCUCUUGUCAGUCAAAGUGUUAUUCAGGGGUCUGCAGUUUGAUCAUUGCUGUAACCCCUUAUACUUUUCCCACUGUGGGUUCAAGCAGCACCAGAUAAAACCAUCCAUUUUCUACCCAUGUCAGUGUAGAUGAAGUACUCCAUGAAAAAUAACUGCAUCCUUGCCUCUUGAAAUGCAGCAAAAAUCAAUAAUGGAAUCAAAUCACUUUUUUAGUGAUCACGUUGUGUUGCCCACAGCUGAAAAGGGGUUUACAGGACUGUGUUGCAAGAGUCAAACUGUACUUCCUUUAUUAUUAUUAAUAUUAUUAUUAGGCCCUUUUGGCUGAAGUAAAGCUUUGUGAAGUAAGAUGCUUGUAAUGAAAAUGUGGCAGCACAAUAUCAAAAAUAGUUUGAGAAAACCAUUUUCUUUCACUGCCACUGUAUGUUAGGUGCAGCUUCUAUUGUAUGUACAUAGAUAUCAUUUUUUACCAUUACAGAAUACUUAAACAGGUCAUUUCAGUCAUGCCUGCUUGAAUUUUAUAUGAACAAAAGCUUUCGUCAUGCAAUUUCUUUGCUCUGCAUAAAAAGACAGCAUACAGAUCAAUGAAAUGAGUUUUUAAUUAUGACUUUUUUCAUAAGAAUAUAUGGUAUAAUAUACUUUUUUUUUUCUCGGAUAAUUGGACAUUCAUCUUGAGCAACUGAGAGGGAAUAAAUGUACUUUUGCUACCAAUUUCAAAACAA